CUGAAGCCUGCAGACGCGCCCCAAUAACGGUCCGCGUGCCUUUCCUCGAGGGUUCCGCCCGACUAGGCCGCCCAUCAGGUCUUGAUCUCCUGAAGAAAAUGGAUCCCCCAAGAGUCAUUAAGACACAUCUGCCAUUUCAGCUGGUUCCAGCCGGGUUUUGGGAAAACAAUUGCAAAACCAUCUACGUUGCGCGCAAUGCUAAGGACACCCUGGUGAGCUUCUACUAUUUUCAUCAUAUGGAUAUGAACAGUCCUGAGCCUGGACCCUGGGACGGCUUCAUCCACAAGUUCAUGGAUGGAGAGUUGCAAUGGGGGUCCUGGUACGAUCACGUGAAAGGUUACUGGGAGGAACGAGAAAAGAGGAACAUCCUUUACAUCUUCUAUGAAGACAUGAAAGAGAAUCCUCAGGAUGAAGUGGACCGAAUCAUGAGGUACCUAGACUUGUCGCUCUCUGAUGAUGUCAUCAGCCACAUUGUGGAGCUGACGAGCUUCAAGAACAUGAAGGCGAACCCAAUGGCCAACUACACCUUUGUUCCCAAAAUUGUUUUCGACCAGUCCAACUACAGCUUCAUGAGAAAAGGUCAUUCAACACCAGUCAACUUCCAUUAGACAACAUCAGUGGCCUCUAGAAAUUUUGG